GCACCAGCCCAGCCCGGGCAGCGGCCGCCACCUGCCUGCCGCCGCCCGCCCCGCAGCGGCCCAACUUGCAUGGAGUUGGGGUCCUGAGCGCCUGCUUCACGCCGGUCCGCGUAGAGCCCGCACCGCCCCCUCUGGGCCGGGACCCCUCUGCAUCCUCGCCGCUCCGCGAUGGGAAAAGUUGGCGCCGGCGGCGGCUCCCCAGCCCGGCUGAGCGCGCUCCUUACCGGCGCGGGGCUCUUGAUCCUCUGGGCCCCGGGCGUCUGCAGCGGCGAUUCCUGCUGCCCCCCGCCGCACCCUGGCUCCUCUCGUCACUGGGCCCCAAAUCCAGGGGGUUACCCUCCCCAGGGACUGCAAGGUAGGGCCCCUGCCACGCCCCUACCCUUCCUUAGGCGUCCCCUGUUCUUAGUGGCCCCCGGGGACAGAGCGCUUGCCCUGGAGCAAGCCGGGGGCACUGGGUUGUCGAUGGAGGGUGAUGCGCGCUCCGGUCGGAGGAGACGGAGCGGAGCGGAUUCCGAGAAGGCUGAACGCGGAGAAGGCGCGAGUCGGAGUGCCCGGGGAGUGCUAAGGGAUGGAGGGCAGCAGAAGCCAGGGACUCCGGAGCGGGAUCCGGACAAAGCCACCCGCUUCCGGAUGGAAGAGCUGCGACUGACCAGCACCACGUUUGCACUGACCGGCGACUCAGCACACAACCAAGCUAUGGUCCAUUGGUCUGGCCACAACAGCAGCGUGAUUCUCAUUUUGACAAAACUCUACGACUAUAACCUGGGGAGCAUCACGGAGAGCUCUCUUUGGAGGUCAACUGAUUAUGGGACAACCUAUGAGAAGCUAAAUGAUAAAGUUGGGUUGAAGACAAUUCUGAGCUAUCUGUACGUGUGUCCUACCAACAAGCAGAAGAUUAUGUUACUCACAGAUCCAGAGAUUGAGAGCAGCUUGUUGAUCAGCUCAGACGAAGGAGCCACCUAUCAAAAGUACCGGCUCAACUUCUACAUCCAGAGCUUGCUUUUCCACCCCAAGCAGGAGGACUGGAUUCUGGCCUACAGUCAAGACCAAAAGCUCUACAGCUCUGCUGAAUUUGGGAGAAGGUGGCAGCUUAUCCAGGAAGGGGUCGUGCCAAACAGGUUUUACUGGUCUGUGAUGGGGUCGAACAAGGAGCCAGACCUUGUGCAUCUUGAGGCCAGGACUGUGGAUGGCCAUUCCCAGUACCUAAGUUGCCGAAUGCAAAACUGCACAGAGGCCAACAGAAAUAAACCUUUCCCUGGCUACAUUGACCCGGACUCUUUGAUUGUCCAGGAUGAUUACGUGUUUGUUCAGCUGACAUCAGGAGGACGGCCACAUUACUACGUGUCCUACCGAAGGAAUGCCUUUGCCCAAAUGAAGCUGCCCAAGUAUGCUUUGCCCAAGGACAUGCAUGUCAUCAGUACAGAUGAGAAUCAAGUGUUUGCCGCUGUCCAAGAAUGGAACCAGAAUGACACGUACAACCUCUACAUCUCAGACACCCGUGGCGUCUACUUCACCCUGGCUUUGGAAAAUGUCCAGAGCAGCAGAGGCCCUGAAGGCAAUGUAAUGAUUGACCUUUAUGAGGUAGCAGGGAUAAAGGGAAUGUUCUUGGCUAACAAGAAGAUUGACAACCAAGUGAAGACUUUCAUCACAUAUAACAAAGGCAGAGACUGGCGUUUGCUGCAGGCACCAGACACAGAUCUGAGAGGGGACCCCGUGCACUGCUUGCUGCCCUACUGUUCACUACACCUUCACCUGAAGGUCUCUGAGAAUCCCUACACGUCUGGGAUCAUCGCCAGUCGAGACACAGCUCCAAGCAUCAUAGUAGCUUCAGGCAACAUAGGUUCUGAAUUGUCAGACAGUGACAUCAGCAUGUUUGUCUCCUCAGAUGCAGGGAACACUUGGAGACAGAUAUUUGAGGAGGAGCACAGUGUUUUAUACCUGGAUCAAGGUGGAGUCUUGGUUGCUAUGAAGCACACGUCUCUCCCAAUUCGACAUCUCUGGUUGAGUUUUGAUGAAGGGAGAUCAUGGAGCAAGUACAGUUUCACAUCUAUUCCACUUUUUGUGGAUGGGGUUCUGGGUGAGCCUGGGGAAGAAACUCUAAUCAUGACAGUGUUCGGACACUUCAGCCACCGCUCUGAAUGGCAGCUGGUCAAAGUGGACUACAAGUCCAUUUUCGAUAGACGGUGUGCCGAGGAGGACUACAGACCCUGGCAGCUGCACAGUCAAGGGGAGGCAUGCAUCAUGGGAGCAAAAAGGAUAUAUAAGAAGCGAAAAUCAGAGCGGAAAUGUAUGCAAGGAAAAUAUGCAGGAGCUAUGGAAUCAGAACCCUGUGUCUGUACAGAGGCCGAUUUUGACUGUGACUACGGUUAUGAACGGCACAGCAAUGGUCAGUGCCUGCCAGCAUUUUGGUUCAACCCAUCUUCUUUAUCAAAAGACUGCAGCUUGGGCCAGAGUUACCUCAAUAGUACUGGGUAUAGGAAGGUGGUUUCUAAUAACUGCACUGAUGGAGUAAGAGAACAAUACACUGCCAAACCCCAGAAGUGUCCAGGAAAGGCCCCCAAGGGGCUGCGGAUAGUCACGGCUGAUGGAAAGCUGACCGCUGAACAAGGACACAAUGUGACUCUUAUGGUACAGCUGGAGGAGGGUGACGUGCAGAGGACACUUAUCCAAGUGGACUUUGGUGAUGGCAUUGCCGUGUCUUACGUCAACCUCAGCUCCAUGGAAGAUGGGAUCAAACACGUCUAUCAGAACGUGGGCAUUUUCCGAGUGACCGUGCAGGUGGACAACAGUCUGGGGUCUGACAACGCCGUCCUGUACUUACAUGUAACUUGUCCCCUGGAGCAUGUGCACCUGUCUCUUCCCUUUGUCACCACAAAGAACAAAGAGGUCAACGCGACUGCAGUGCUGUGGCCCAGCCAAGUGGGCACCCUCACUUACGUGUGGUGGAAAGGAAACAAUACGGAGCCCUUGAUCACCCUGGAGGGCAGCAUAGCAGUUAAGUUUCUUUCUGAAGGAAUGAACACCAUCACAGUGCAGGUCUCAGCUGGGAAUGCCAUCCUGCAGGACACAAAGACCAUUGCAGUGUACGAGGAAUUCCGGUCCUUUCGCCUAUCCUUUUCUCCAAACCUAGACGACUACAAUCCGGACAUCCCUGAGUGGAGGAGGGACAUCAGCCGAGUCAUCAAAAAAUCCCUGGUGGAAGCCACAGGGGUUCCCGGCCAGCACAUCUUGGUGGCCGUGCUUCCUGGUUUGCCCACUGCUGCUGAGCUCUUUGUCUUACCCUAUCAGGACUCAAUAGAAGAAAGCAAACGCUCCGUGGAAGACUUGGAGCAGAUAUCAGAACUACUGAUCCACAAGCUCAACCAAAACUCGGUGCACUUCGAGCUGAAGCCUGGGGUCCAAGUUCUUGUCCAUGCAGCUCACUUAACAGCAGCCCCACUGGUGGACCUCACUCCAACCCACAGUGGGUCAGCCAUGCUGAUGCUGCUCUCAGUGGUAUUUGUGGGGCUGGCAGUGUUCGUCAUCUACAAGUUCAAAAGGAAGAUCCCGGGCAUUAAUGUUUAUGUCCAGAUGCAGAAUGAGAAAGAACAAGAGAUGAUCAGUCCAGUCAGUCACACUGAAAACAGGUCCAAUACCCCUCAGACUGAACUAAGGAGGCCUGGCCAGCUCUUAGAUGAGAAGGUGGAAUCCCAGCUAAUAGGAAGUAUUUCCAUAGUUGCUGAGAAUCAAAGCACAAAAGAAUUCCCUACCUAUGUAAAUGUUUGAAUGGAGGACGCCAGUAAAAAACAAACAAUAAAAUAAAAACCAUCAAAAUCCAAAAACAAACAAACAAACAAACACUCACUGCAUCGGGACUUUUUAAUUCUUCAGACACAGACAACAAGGGUUUUUAGCUUUAAGCCUGUGCAUGUGGACAAUAACUUGAGAACAUGUUUGGAGGGGCAGUGUACAGGUGCUCUAUUUUAUUGGAAAACACUCCCCUCCCCCUUUCUUCUCCUCUCUCCUUUUUCUGAUCGGUCGUGUUUGUAGAAAAUUCAUAACAUAUAUAGGCCAAGGAAACCUGCAUGUCUUUUUUGGACGUAUUCUUGGCUCUAGAUUUAACAGCUAUUUUAGCACUACCGGCUCAUGGGUGGGUUCACCACCCCAGCCCAUUUCAUGAAACACAAAGACAUGCACAGGGGUUUGAAAACCUGAGCUGUUUCUCUGGUCCAAUUUGCUUAUUACCAUUUCCCGUCUGAGUUGACUCUGGUAGCUCUGUUGGCCAGGGGUGGCCACAGGCUACUAUUUCCAUUACGUGUGGUGUGGCCCCAUGGACAAAGGAGUGAGGUGGAAACCCCCCCAAGUCUGCAGGUUGAACAGAGAUGGAAGGCAGACAGGCAGGCAAGCAUGUCAGAAAUGGACCAUUGUUACCUGCUCCUCUCCUCCCACUGUGGCUGCUUCCCCUGGCAGCUUUCCCAAUUCCUGCCCCAACUUCUGUGAGGAAUGGAAUUCCUUUACCCACUGUCUUGCUGUUCUACUUGUUUGCCACCUCUAUGGUCAUGAGCUAUUGAUGUCUUUGGAUCUCUUUCUUCCAACCCUCAAAUUAUCCAACUGCUCCCACUUUUUCUUCCCCAAACAUGUUGUUAAAUUCUAGGUAUUAAUUCUGACAUUUCCAAAAUACUGGCCUAACUAACCUCCACUACCCCUGCCCCUGCUUCCUAGCAAGUUUCACAUCUCUCUGUCAGCUUUGUACACUUGCAAGCAUGCCAACUUCCAUGCACACUGACCUAGCUGCAACCUGCCUAGCAGGGUUCAGCUCCAUGCAUCCUUUGUCUCUUCCCUUAGAAGCUGCCUCAUUCAACUAUCCCUGCCUUUCCCCUCCUGGAAACAUAUCAAAUGUGUGAAAGAGUUGAAUUAUAUGCAAAGCCGUCCAGAUCUGGUUGAAUACAUUGGAAACGAAAGCAUGCAAAUGAAUAGUGGUGUUCUUAACACCUUAAACAAAUAUAUCUCAUGCAAAUUCCAAAAGAUUGUUGUAAGAAAUGUUUGGAACAGGUUUCAGUGAAAUGUCCUCCUGUGAUGGUUACUGUUACUCAGUAUUUCCUCUCUCACAACAGAGUGAAAUUGUUUUGUGAAAUAAAACUGAUUUUAACCAGAAGAAGAAGCAGGUUAAUGGAUUUAAUAUCUAAGAGUAUCAGAGACUCUGAAAGAAUAUGUGGAGGUCUUGUCUUAUACAUUGGCAUGAUAUUUUGAUUGCCUAGGAUGAUCC